AUGGCCUCCUUGAAACAUGUUGCGUCGCGAGCCUCCAGCUCCUCCUCCCCCGCAGUCGCUCGUACUUUGGCCUUCGCUGCCCGCUCCCCCGCCUCUGUCAAUAACAGUCGUGCUCUCAGUUCCAGUUCCCGACAACUUCAACACUUCCCCCGCUUCCAGUCUUUGAACACCAUCUCCAACAAGAGAACUUUCGGUACCACUGUCAGAAUGUCUGCCGCAUCUCGAACGGAAAGCGAUGCUUUCGGUGAAAUCCAGGUCCCAGGUGACAAGUACUGGGGUGCCCAGACCCAGCGCUCUCUGGGCAACUUCGACAUCAACCAGCCUCAGGACCGUAUGCCCGAGGCCGUUGUCAAGGCUUUCGGUGUCCUGAAGGGUGCUGCUGCCACCGUCAACAUGCAAUAUGGCCUUGACCCCAAGGUUGGUGAGGCCAUCAAGCAGGCCGCCGCUGAGGUUGCCGAAGGCAAGCUGCUCGACCACUUCCCUCUCGUUGUUUGGCAGACCGGCUCUGGUACCCAGUCCAACAUGAACUCCAACGAGGUCAUCUCCAACCGUGCCAUUGAGAUCCUGGGUGGCACCAUGGGAACCAAGAAGCCCGUCCACCCUAAUGACCACGUCAACAUGUCCGCUUCCUCCAACGACUCUUUCCCCACCGCUAUGCACAUCGCUGCCGUUGUGGAGCUCGAGAACACUCUGUUGCCUUCCCUUCAGAGCUUGCGCGAUGCCCUCCAGGUGAAGGUGGAGAAGUUCCAGAGCAUCAUUAAGAUCGGUCGUACCCACUUGCAGGAUGCCACUCCCCUUACUCUUGGCCAGGAGUUCUCUGGCUACGUCGCCCAGCUCGACCGCAACAUUGAGCGUGUCCAAGCUAGCAUCCCCCACCUCCGCUUCUUGGCCCAGGGUGGAACCGCUGUCGGCACUGGUCUUAACACCUUCAAGGGCUUCGAUGAGGCCAUCGCCGCCGAGGUUACCAAGAUGACUGGAACCGAGUUCAAGACCGCCCCCAACAAGUUCGAGGUUUUGGCUGCCCACGAUGCUAUCGUCGAGGCUUCCGGCUCCCUCAACACCCUUGCUACCUCCCUCUUCAAGAUCGCCCAGGACAUCCGUUACCUCGGAUCUGGUCCUCGCUGCGGUCUUGGUGAGUUGGUUCUCCCCGAGAACGAGCCCGGUUCUUCCAUCAUGCCCGGAAAGGUCAACCCCACUCAGUGCGAGUCCCUCACCAUGGUUUGCUCCCAAGUGAUGGGUAACCACGUUGCUGCCACCGUGGGUGGUAUGAACGGCCAGUUUGAGCUCAACGUGUUCAAGCCCCUUCUGAUCCGCAACCUGCUGCACAGCGUGCGCAUCCUUGCCGACGGAAUGAACAGCUUUGAGAAGCACUUGGUUCACGGCCUCGAGGCUAACGAGCAGCGCAUCAACACUCUCCUUCACGAGAGUCUGAUGCUUGUCACCUGCCUGAACCCCGUCAUUGGCUACGACAUGGCCUCCAAGGUUGCCAAGAACGCCCACAAGAAGAACCUUACUCUCAAGCAGAGUGCUAUGGAGCUCAAGGCUCUCAGCGAAGAGGACUUCGACAAGUACGUCCGUCCCGAGCUGAUGCUGGCUCCCAAGGAGAAGAAAUAG